CUACCUCUAUCUCCUUUGCUCCUCAGCACCAUCUUGGUUAUUCCGACUAAUUUUGAGAUCUUUUUAACCAAAAGAUGUAAUUUUGAUUGUUUUCCUGCACUCAAAAUCUCCAUAGAUUGUAGAUUUUGGGUUCUUUUUUUUGCUCUUCAAGGUUUUGAAGUUCUGAGAAUAAUGCUUCUGUUGCACGACAGUGUUGCCCUCUGGAAAUUCUUCUUGAUUCUAGAAAAGCUCCGAGUUGAGACAAGCUUCUACUUUUGGAUAUUUCAAAUCUUUAGCAGUUAUAGUAUCGGCAAAUAAUUUUUUUUUAAAAAAAAUUAUCUGUUUUGUAACUUUUGUAAGCUAAUUUAAAUUGUUGUCUCUGUAAACACUGCUCUGCUCCCCUUUGUACCUCUAUUUUCCCUAGAUUUAUACUGUCUUUAGAUCUGUUUGAAGAAUGGGUCCUAUGUCUUUGCCUCCUGGUUUCCGCUUCCAUCCCACAGAUGAUGAACUGGUGGGAUAUUACUUGAAGAGGAAAGUGGAUGCGCAAAAGAUUGAGCUUGAAGUAAUUCCAGUGGUAGACUUGUAUAAGUUCGAUCCAUGGGAUUUACCAGAAAAAUCAUUCCUGCCAAAAAGAGACAUGGAAUGGUUCUUCUUCUGCCCACGCGAUCGAAAAUAUCCAAAUGGAUCUCGAACCAAUAGAGCAACUAAUUCAGGUUAUUGGAAAGCUACUGGAAAAGAUAGAACAAUCACCUGCGAGAAUUCCAUUAAAGGAAUGAGGAAAACUCUGGUUUUUUACCGAGGAAGAGCUCCAGGAGGAGAAAGAACUGACUGGGUAAUGCAUGAGUAUCGUCUUUGUGAACAUCUUCCUCAAGGAAAUAUUUCUUUCUUGGGAGGUUAUGCACUGUGCCGUGUAGUGAAAAGAAAUGAGCAUUUGCAUCAAGGAGAGGCUAAAUUUAAGAGGGUUCCACCCUCUGUGGCAAGAGAAACCAGUAAGAGGAAAUACAAUAGUAAGGUCCCUAGUAGUAGCUUGGAAGGAAGUUCCUCCCAAGUGGUAAGCCUCUUAGAUGUGAGCAACGGUCCAUUUCAUUCAAAUUUUUUCAAAGAAACACAGUUUGAGCUAGCCUCAGCUAUGGUGGACGCUUCUGACCAAUCGCCGCUUGUUCUUUCAGAUGUCUCUACGGGCUUUACUAUAGAAGAGGACAUAUCUGAGCAAUUUUUCCCAGUUCAGUUUCCUUUUUCCACAGAAUCAUGCCUAACUAAUGGCAUUUCUCCAGUUUCAUCCUUCUCAAGCCUCACAGAUGAAGCCUUUUCAGUUGAACAGAUCGACAGAAACUGUUUAUCUUCGAUCUGCCCAAGCCCACUGCACUCCAUGAGCAUUUACUACAACGAAGAAAGCUUGCCAUUGCAGAGCCUUGACUGGGUUGCAGAUAAUUCCUUUCUUACAAGAAGCAAUGGAAUAAUUGAACCGUUAUGUCGUCAAGCAAGCGGCGAUGAACAGAACUUAUGGUCACAAGAAGAUGGCUCAAUGUUCGUGAUUUGAAGGAUUAUAUACCUUAAAAUAUGGUGGAGAAAUUUUGAAUUGUGCUGCAGAAGUUUAUGGUUGGAUGAGUAAAUGGUGAGUUUCUGAGGCGGCUCUUUUUACUGAUUGCACUCAGGAACUAAUAGAACUUACAUAAGAUGAUAAAUAAAGCUUUCUCAGGCAGCCCCUUCUAAGCUUGUUCUUGGAGAAGCCAUGAUCAGACUUUGCAAGUGGUGUCUGAUGAUCUGUGUCUUCUUAAGAGGAUGUAGCUUGAAUUAUAUGAAGAAGGUUUAAAUUUUCUGCUAUUUGAGUGUUAGUUUUUUCUAAUUUAUAUGAGUUUUGUAGGCUUAUUUAUCUGUAUCUGAUGUAACAAAGGAACUUUGAACCAUCCUUUCUGAAAAUUUCAUAGGUGUUUCACAGUACUUUUCCUACAGCACUUUUCCUACAGCACCACAGAAGAUAAGAUGCUUUUCAAGAAA